AUGUCGGACAAUUUAUUCGAAGGUCUACCACCUCCUUCUUCGCAGGAACAAGAGCUACCAAUUUCUUCAAAACCAGACGAGUCCAAGAAUGAAAUUUCCUCCCCAGCUCCGACUCUGGUUCUCAAGAGUUCCCUGAAGCGAUCGAAGCCGGCAGAAUCUGCAACCGAUGUUUCAGCUCCUCCUCUUCUCAAGAGCGCACUGAAGCGGUCAAAACCAGCAGAAUCUACACCACAACCAGAACCGGAAGUCCCUAAAAAGCGUUUACAGUUUAAGACAUCAACCGAUGCAUCAGAAGAACAAGUGAUCGAAGCGAUGCGGAAAAUAACAUCUCAUAUCAAGAACCCUUCCAAGUUCUCUAAAGCCUCAAAGCUUGCGAUACGCUUGAUUCAAGCUGGAAGUGUGAAGCCGGAAACAAGCAGCUACUUCAUCGCGAUACUCGAAGCUGCAAUGUCAUCAAAAACUUCUUGUACGGAUCGUUUGGUUCGAGCAGACUAUCAUGCAUUGUUCUCUGCAGCCCAGGAUGUAACUGAGUGCCUUGAUAAAAGCCAGAAGAAUCUUUUGACCAUAUGGACAAUCAAGGCAGUUGUUGCUAAUGAUCUCUUCACUGAUGACAGCUUCAUGUUUUCCAAGACUGCCACUCAACUAAAGGAGGCUAUAUCUGAUCUUCCGGUUUCGACCGAGGAGGAUGACGCGGAAGAAGCAGCUGCCCUUAAAGAAGAGGCUGUGAAGGACAUUGGAGAUGGGCAGACAACACAUGACGUGGCUGAAGCUUCUUCAGCUGGAGAUCAAGAGGAUGGCCAGUCCGAUCCGUUUGGCCUCGAUGCUUUGAUUCCCAGUUGUGGGAAGAAAAACGGUAAAACAAAGAUAAGGAAAGACUUAGCGACGGAUGUAGAUACCGAAGAGAAUAAAAGAUUUCUCAGGUCUAAAAGAGAAGCUUUGAUUACAUGCCUGGAGAUUGCUGCACGUCGUUACAAAGUUCCAUGGUGCCAAACUGUUAUAGACAUAUUGGUGAAACAUGCGUUUGAGAACGUGUCAAGGUUCACAUCACAGCAGAGACAAGCAGUGGAAAAACUUUGGGCUUCUGUUCGAGAACAACAUAUCCGUAGGAAGCAAGGUAAAUCAGUCACAGGAAAACUCGACGUUACAGCUUUCGAAUGUCUUCAGGAUAAAUACGCCAACGAGAAAAUGAGUAUCCGUCGAGCAGUAGGAUCCAGCGGUGAACGCCGUACACAGCAAUGGCUCGGUUAA